AUGGCUCCUACGGUACCUCAAACGUUCUUCAACCUGGCCUCAGUUCAAGCCGUGUUCGACUUUGACAAGAACGCGCUCUUUGGUCCCUCCACGACGGGCAAUGUCCCCACCAACUGGAAGACAUUUGAAGAUCAGCCCAUCUCAGCCCGCUCACUGGUUGACGUCUUCGCCAAUAGAGCCCCUGUCAUUCGAGUAAAAGAGUUUCUAACUUCUGAUGAGUGCGAGCGGUUGCUGCAGGUAGUUCGCACACAUAAACUGGGCGCCUACGAUACUGAGAAUACGUGGCCAAGAGUUGGGAUAUCUGGUAUCACACAAUAUGACCACAUUCAAGGCAAGUCAAUGAUACAGGGCUUAUACGCCAGACCUUUAGACAAAAAUCUUUACUUCGACAGUGUCCGCGAAGCACGCUCACUGCAGGAGCGCUGGAAGACGGAGGCUGGAGUGGAUGUCAUCGAGCGUGUCAUUGACCGACUUCGAUCCGUCAGCGGAAUGACUGUCCGUGUCGCCAGUGAAGAUGACAGAGAGUACUUUGCCGGCAUUCUUCGUGCCGUCGACCGUGGAAUCGGCGUCCAUGCAGAUUGUGCGAUUUAUGAAGCGGCUGGCUGGAACAUUAGCGAGUGUGCGGCGCAGUUGACUUGGAACAUCCUCCUCAACAAAGUCCCCGGCGGAGACACCAUCGUGUACGAUCGCCAGUGGCUGGCCCCCGACGACGACAUUGCCUGGCGGAAAGAGUUUCCCCGAGACUCCUAUCACCCUCAGAUGCUCCAGGGCCACCCUUUUAAAGCCAUGGAGGCCGUGCCUGGUGACUUGACCUUUUUUAAUCCACGAAACUUUCACGAAGUCAAGGCUUGCGACGUCUCUCGUGACCAUCCGAAGCCCGAUAUUCGCUUCACUGUUAGCUCCUUUGUAGGUUACUUGCCUGGCAACUCAUCGAGACCAGACACAAUUGUUCUGUGGUCAUGA